CACUACCUGGCUUUGAUGAUAUCAUCCGGAACCCAUCCAAAGUAACACCAUGGUCCGAAAGAACGGAUAGUCGACUCUUUUGGAGAGCAAGGAGUACAGGGGUGGACUUUCAUACUGGAUGGAAUUGGCGCGCCGCUCAUCGAAUAAGACUUCAUGUCUUUGCUACAGAUACUAAUGGGACGGUAGAACUCUUGCAAGAGGCUAAACGAGAGCCUGGACCUGAUGACCCGCCGCGUGGGCCGUUGCGGAUAGGCCGGCCUCUCAAAAAUCCAGGCGAUCCCGAAAACCAAAUCGAUAUUUUGAAAUUGAACUCCUAUCCUAGAUCCGAAUUGGUCAAGAAAUAUCUUGAUGUAGGACUGGUCGGCCCUUUGGUACAGUGUGACGAGCCUUAUCCGUUUUGCGAAACGGUAGCGAGUGAACUCGGUUUCCUUGACGUCGUUCCCGUGUCAAGAGGCCAGGACGCCAAGUUCGUAAUUGAUGUGGAUGGAAACGGCUGGUCGCAGAGAUAUGCGAGACUACUCUCAUCGGGUAGUGUCGUGCUCAAGAGUACGGUCUUCCCAGAAUGGAACACCAACUGGCUCAUACCAUAUUAUCAUUACAUUGUAAGCCUUCCCUUGCAGGACUACUCUCUUGAGAUAGAAGACUCACGAAUCAUCACGAUCUAG